CCGGGGAGGAGGCAGCCGCUGCCGCUCGUGGUCGCGCAGUUCGUGCAGCCGCCGCCGGGCCCGCCGCCGCCGCGCCAUGGCUGAUCAGCUGACUGAAGAACAGAUUGCUGAAUUCAAGGAAGCCUUUUCCCUAUUUGACAAAGAUGGUGAUGGUACUAUCACAACAAAAGAACUGGGAACUGUCAUGAGGUCAUUGGGUCAAAAUCCAACAGAAGCAGAAUUGCAGGAUAUGAUCAACGAGGUAGAUGCUGAUGGCAAUGGCACUAUCGACUUCCCUGAAUUUUUAACCAUGAUGGCCAGAAAAAUGAAGGACACAGACAGCGAGGAAGAAAUCCGUGAGGCAUUCCGAGUCUUUGACAAGGAUGGCAAUGGCUAUAUCAGUGCAGCAGAACUACGUCACGUUAUGACAAACUUAGGAGAAAAGCUAACAGAUGAAGAAGUAGACGAAAUGAUCAGAGAAGCAGACAUUGAUGGGGAUGGGCAAGUCAACUAUGAAGAAUUCGUACAGAUGAUGACUGCAAAGUGAAGAGACCUCCUUUACACCUUUUUUCCUCUAGAAGAAUCAAAUUGAAUCUUUUACUUACCUCUUGCAAAAAAAAUGUUCAUUUAUUCAUUCUGUUUCUGUAUAGCAAAACUGAAUGUCAAAAUACCUUCUGUCCACAAACUGCAUGUAAUGGUUGGUGGUCCUGUCCCCAAAAGAUAAACAUCAGUUUUACAAUAUAAAUAAUUGUACUACCUUGAAAAUAAAAAAAAGGAAGCACUUAGUGAACUCAAAAGUUCCAUUUGCUAAUGACUAUUACACUGUUUGGGCUGGCCAGUUUUUCAUGCAUGCAGCUUGACAAUUGAGCACAGUCAGACAUUUGUACUAAAAGGAAAAAAACAACCUAAAGGAUCCACUCUUUUGUUCAACAGUGGAUUCUAGUUCAAUUUGUAGUAUAAAUUGUCAUAGCUGGUUUACUUUAAAAUUGGUUUAUACCUCAGGAUGGUAUGCAGCAAAAUGGUUGAAGGAUGCAAAACUUAGAGAAAAUGCCCUAAAGGUUGAAUGGUUCUCCUGUACGUAGCAGUGUGCUCCAAAAAUAUGAUGAUCUUAACUAUGGAUGGCAUGUCUGUGUUACAAUACUGGUUUAACAUUGUCUGCAUUGCACUAUAGUGAAACGGGUGUCGGGCUGUUACCGUUCACAAAAUUUUUAAAAGAAACCUUCACCAAGGGAGCAUCUUUGGACUCUCAUAUUUUUAAAACCUUCUGUACCAUGACUUGGAGCUGGCGGAGUAGCCUGUGGACUUCAGCACAACUAUCAACAUUGCUGUUCAAGAUACUACAAUUUAUGUCCAUUCCAAGUUGUAAAUGCUAGUCUUUUUUUUUCCAAUAAAAGACCAUUAACUUAAAGGUGGUGUUAAAUGCUUUGUAAAGCUAAAAUAUAUAUAUAAUUGAGAUAAUAAACCAAAAAAGCAGUAGGAGGGAAGUGUUUCUAUGAAUGACUUGCUGCUAAAUUAUAAUGCACAUGUAUGCAAUAAGUUAUCCCCUAUCUUUUCAAGAUGGCAAGAACUGACCUCCUGUAACCCAAGACCUUUGCUAUAAAUAAAUGAACUUGUGCUUGCCUUUCA